AUGAAGCCGACGGCCAGCGUAGUACGGCGGCCGGCGGCGGCGCUGCAGCUGCCGCCCACUCCGGCCGCUGAGUCCAGUCUCUGCUGUGCCGCAGGUGCGACCGCCAGCCCGCCCAAGAUGAUGCUGGACGCGGUGGAGGUGGCCGCCACGCCUAGCCUGGCCGACGUGCACCUCGACUGGGAGCAGCUGUGCAGAGGCCGGCUGUCACCGCCCACCAGCCCUUGGCACCUCGACGACGCGCCGACGACGCCCAGCCCCGGCUACCUGGACACGCCCUCCACCAGCGUCGACGUCGGCGACGACUUCUUCAGCUUCCCCACGGUGACGACAGUUGGAGACGGCCUGCGGAGCAGCGCUGAGGGCGAGUCCACCUCCAGCGGCGCCGCACCGACCAGCGCCGCCGCCGGUGCCGUCCCUGCCCUGCCGGCCAGUCGCGCCGGCCCCCAGCCCACCAACCCCAAUAGCCUGAGCAGCGCGGCGGCGCCGCCGUCGCCGUCCGCCGAGCAGCCAGCCGUGCUGGGCAUGUUUCCGUCCCAGCAGCCGACCGAGCAGGAGCAGGAGAGCGGCGAGCAGGCGGCGCGCCCGCCGCAGCAGGCCGAGCCGGCCGUGACCACCACACUGGCCGCCUGGUUCCCGUCCUUCUUCUCCGCCUACGGUCAGCCGCCGGCCCAGCAGGAGACAUUCCAGCCACCCCCGCAGCAGCAGCAGCAGCAGCAGCAGCAGCAGCAGCUUCAGCACCCACACCUCCAGCAGCCGCAUCAACACCACCAGCAUCCGCAUCAACACCAGCAGCACCAUCACCAGCACCAGCCGCAGCCGCCGUUCGGGCGCGACCCGGGCCUGUGCCAGCCGCCGGGUCUGCUGUUCGACCCGAGCGGCGUGUACAGCCGGCCGCCGCCGGCUUUAACCUCCGCUGUAGCGGGCCCCUCCGGUCUGACCUCGCCUGUGGCAGGUCCCUCCGGCCUGACCUCGCCCGUAGCGGGUCCCUCAGGCCUGAGCUCGCCCGUUGCUGGCCCCUCCGGCCUGGCGCCGUCGUCAUCAGCGGCGACAGGGUCAUCCCUGCCUCUGCGGCCGGUGCGGCCCCGCAGGGGCUCGCCGCGACCCAGCCGGACACCGCUGGAAGAGCGACCCUACCCGUGUCCGGACAAGUCGUGUCGCAGUCGGUUCUCUCGCUCGGACGAGCUGACGCGACACAUUCGCAUCCACACGGGUCAGAAGCCGUUCCAGUGCAGCAUCUGCCUGCGCUCGUUCUCGCGCUCGGACCAUCUGACCACACACAUCCGCACUCACACCGGGGAGAAGCCCUUCCAGUGCGAGGUCUGCAACAAGAAGUUCGCCCGCUCCGACGAGAAGAAGCGGCACGCCCGCGUUCACGUACGCCGGCCGCGGCGGGCGGGCCGGGGUCCUGGGGGUCCCGGCGGCGACCCCGGCACCAGUUCGGGGCCGGGACCGGGCGGUCGGCCCGGCCGGGGCGCCGGCCGCGCCUCUGCCACACAGACUCGAGGCGCCGGCUCGGCAGGCAGCGGCUAGUCGGCAGCCGAAUUUCGGG